AUGAGAGGUUACGAAGAAAGUAGUACGACCCAGGCAACCUACCCAGACCUAGCCAGUCUCGGUUUUGAGGCUUCCGCCCACAAUUACAACAGAAUCUUCGGACCUCAGGCGCAAGAUGAAGAUUUUCUCCUACCAGACUUCAUGCAUAGUGACUUAUCAGGAUCGACUCCAAGCAUGGAUUAUUACAGCCAAUACCAGGCUACACCGUUGCUCGAGGGAGCCAACAGUCACAUGCGCGACACCGGAAACGAUGCUGAAGGCAUCAGCAGAGGCGCUCCUCAGAGCCAAGCACGCACGGAGACGCAGAAGCCCCUCGCACCGAAACGGCUACAGUGCGCUGACCCUGCUCAGCCACCUGGUCCAAGCAAGUCACCGAGCAAGGCAAAGACCCCUGCCGCAGGAAAAGGCGGUAGAGUGUCCAAACUAGGACUCAAGAAAGCAAGGCUUGGAGACACGCUAGGCACUGACAACAGGGCGCGGGCAGAAACCAGGUGGGAGAAUGGCAUCAUGUACGGCAUGGUGAACAAGGAGUGGAAGCCCGCAGCCUAUCAUUGCGACAACAGAGAGGAGCUUAUCAUGAGGGCGGCCCAGCAGCCUGGAGCUCCAGUAUUUCGAGCAGGGAUGUCAACGGAUUACACCAGUUACAGCCCAAUGACGCAAAGCUGGACUGAAGAUCUUAAGUCAGUAAGGGACUACAUGGGUCGUCAGGUACUUCUGUUGCCCGAACGUCCGGUAGACUUGGAGCACAAUCCAAAAGCCCCUUACAUUAUGCUUAGGGGACUUGUCAUGUUGAACACAAACAACCGGCCAGUCAAAGACUACCCUGGAGCACCUCAGGUAAUGAGUACUCAUGAGCGGGAUAUAGUUGUGGAAGGUCUGCGACGGGUUUGUGGGAUGACAGUCUCGGACCAGACGAGCCGAAUGCCUCCUAGAAGAGCCACAGCGAGCGGGGAGAGAAAGCUACAGGGGGGGUCGGGCUUCACAAAUCGUCUAGCAAGAUGGAGGAAGGAACACCCCGAGUGUGUUAUUUGGCACGAGAGGGGCAAACGCAAGGGGAAAGAGGCGGAGGUCACCGAUCAACCUGGUCUAUCAGACGAGGAGGACUACACAUCAGACUCGAUCCCAGACUCUGAACCUACGCCGUACCAGGACUUGGACGAGAAUGCCGGGUUCUAUUCCAGUCAUUCCUCGUCACUCAUACCAGGAAUUGAUCCUUCGUCGACAGAAAACCAAUUCUGGUUGGAGCAAUCAAUGGACAUCAAUCAGCAGAUGUCAUGCCCAGAACCGGACCCUUUCUCGGGAGCAAACUGGAGCUCAGGCAUACCGGGAGGGUCCUAUCCCCACCAUCAGCUGAGCACCGAGCAUGUGGAGCAAACAGAAGGGAGCAAUCAGUACAACGCAUCGCCCUUCCGACAAGCAAACAUGCCCACACACACUGCAAACAAUGCCGCAGCAGAGGGUAUAUAUUCGCCGGGCUAUCCCUUUAGAUAUGCCCCAACAAAUAUAUACCCCUCGGGCAGUCCACUCGGAUAA